AGAUAGAGUAUGUAGUAGUAGUAGUCAAGGACCUUUGGUCAAGGACCAAGUAUUAGAAAGAUUUAACGUAUUGCAUUUGGCUCUCGGUCGGUCGUCAGAUUUAAUAAUUGGCAACAUCGAAAAAAAAUAUAAAAGUCAAAUUUUAUAAAAUUGAGGUUAUAUCGAAAAAUUACAUAAUUUCCGCAGAAUAUAAACAAAUUCCAACGUCUAUGUGAUCUUUUAUAUACAUAUUUAUUUAACUGCCAUUAUGUUGAAGUUUGCAGUAAAGUCUGCGAUACUUGGAUCUGCAGUUUACUACACAAUUGAUAAAGGCGUAUGGAAGGAUAGUUCCACCACUGCUGCGCUGUAUGAAGAGUUAGAAGAAGGAGUUUCUCCAUAUGUUGGGGAACUGAAGAAGCAGAUUCCAUAUCAGCUUCCCCCACUUCCAACAAACGACAGAGUAUCAUACUUGUUUAAAUAUUAUUGGAACUGCGGGGUGAAAGCGACAUUUAAAUUCCUCAUCGAGCUGCCGACACAUGCCUCCACUGCCGCCAGCAAGACUUAUUCCAUGGUCAGCUCAGCACUAGAGGCAGUGGAGCCUCCAGUCAGUCAAGAGAAAAAUGUAGAGAAGUAAUAUAGAACAAAUUAAUUUAUUUAAAAUUUAUAUUGUUUAAUGAAAACAUAAAAAAAAACUAUUUGGCUAUUUUAUUUUUUUCCAAAAACCUGGUAUGCAAAGUACUUGUAAUCUUGGUUUGAUAAAAAACAGGGCCUUUAUCAAUUUUGCUGUUCAUCCUGAUUUCACCUUUAAUACAAUUUCAGGGUGGCUGUUGCAAAUAGACAUACAAAUAAAUAGCCUGUUAUUUGCCGUCUACAUUCAACAAGACUGUGGUAGUAUAUGUAUGUAAUCAAUACUAGUAUUACAUGUACAUGUGAUUUUCAAAUAUUCAAUAAUUUGAAUAUUCAUUCAACAAGCAAAAACAAAUAAAAUAAAUUUUGAUUCAA